CCCAGCUUGGACUGCGUCAUAAGUAUCCCCAGACCUGGGCUUGCAGCAGCAGAAAGCAAACAAGGGAGAAAGGAAGUGCAGCUAGGGCUAGCGAGAUCUCCUUUUCCAAACUGCAGCCCAAGAAGCUGAUUGCAACCGCGCCUUACCGGGCGACCCAAAGAUUCACCAUGGUGAAAAUCGCCUUCAACACACCAACAGCGGUGCAAAAACAGGAGGCACGGCAAGACGUGGAAGCCCUUGUAAGCCGCACGGUCCCAGCUCAGAUCCUGACCAGCAAGGAGAUUCGAGUUGCUACCCAGCAAAAGGAGGGCUCCUCUGGGAGUUGCAUGCUUACUCUCUUAGGCCUUUCAUUCAUCUUGGCAGGACUUAUUGUUGGUGGAACCUGCAUUUACAAAUACUUCAUGCCUAAGAGUACCAUCUACCGUGGAGAAAUGUGUUUCUUUGAUUCUGAGGACCCAGCAAAUUCCCUUCAAGGGGGAGAGCCCUACUUCCUGCCUGUGAUUGAGGAGGCUGACAUUAGAGAGGAUGACAACAUCGCCAUCAUUGAUGUACCUGUGCCCAGUUUCUCUGAUAGUGACCCUGCAGCAAUUAUUCAUGACUUUGAAAAGGGCAUGACUGCUUACCUGGACUUGCUGCUGGGGAACUGCUAUCUCAUGCCUCUCAAUACCUCCAUUGUUAUGCCUCCAAAAAACCUGGUGGAGCUCUUUGGCAAACUGGCAAGUGGCAAAUACCUGCCUCACACUUAUGUGGUUCAUGAAGACCUGGUUGCUGUGGAGGAGAUUCGUGAUGUUAGAAACCUUGGCAUCUUUAUUUACCAACUUUGUAACAACCGCAAGUCCUUCCGCCUUCGUAGAAGAGACCUCUUGCUGGGUUCCAAUAAAGGUGUCAUUGAUAAGUGCUGGAAGAUUAGACAUUUCCCCAAUGAAUUUAUUGUUGAGACCAAGAUCUGUCAAGAGUGAGAAGCAACAAAAAAGAGAAUUCUUAGUAAUAAGAAGUCAGAGAAUUACAGUAUGACUUCAACAUUAAAUUAUAUGUGAUACUCCAGAUAUUUACUCAUGCAUUUAUUCCUUAU